AAAAGGCACCUCUAAUAGCAUAAAAAGAGUUAUCUUAUUUUUACAGUAGAUGUUCGAAAUAUUUGCGCAUAAGUUGAAUCAGUAACACUAAAAGAUGUUGCAGCGUUGAAGUUCUAGUUAGUGUAUUGGAUCAUUUAUAAGUCUAGGACGAGGUUUAAUAGGAGUGCGUGAGUAUUAAGGUUAUCGCCCAAAAAUGACAGCUUUUGAAGAAAUGGGUGUUUUGCCAGAAAUUGGCAAAGCUGUGGAAGAGAUGGAAUGGACGUUACCUACAGAUGUGCAGGCUGAAGCUGUGCCACUGAUUCUUGGUGGAGGAGAUGUGCUAAUGGCUGCUGAGACAGGAAGUGGAAAAACUGGUGCUUUUUGUUUGCCUAUCCUUCAGACUGUGUGGGAAACAUUGAAAGACUUGCAGUCAGGGAAAGGGAAAAAGGGGGGAAAGGGGUAGUAUGUUAGUAUCACACAGAAAUGGAUCAUGAGUUUUUUCGACAGAGGGGAUGCUCUUGCUGUAAGUCCAGAUGGAUUGAUGUGUCAAAGUCGAGAGCCAAAGUCUUAGCAUGGAUGUCGAAGCACAAGAGGUGUACAAGGAAAAGGAAAGUAUUAUUAUGAGGCUAAAGUUACAGACGAAGGAUUGUGUCGUGUGGGCUGGUCCACUCUAGCUGCCAGUUUGGAAGUUGGAACUGAUCGUCAGAGUUUUGGUUUUGGAGGAACAGGAAAGAAAUCUUUUGCUAAACAGUUUGAUGACUAUGGAGAGGUAAGCUUUACACAUUGUUUUUUGAUGAGGUAUUUUGUUGUUAUGGAAAGGUUGGAUAUCCUUGCUGUUAGCAAUAUUUUGGGCCUUAAUCUCAAUAAUCUCGCAAAGGUCAACCGAGUUGUAUUUAGGUUAGUCCUAAAUCUACGUGCUAAGUUAACAUUGAAAGGAAAGUAUCUUGGAGAUGCUUUUAAGAUAUCACCAAACUUGAUGAAGAGUGCUUUUUUUGCUUCAGUAGUGUUAAAGGAUGGAUAUGUGGCAUUUUGUGAAGCCCCCAAGGAUAACGUGGUUGUUUCAACUAUCACGGGAGGUUCUUCAGGAGCUCCUAAUAUUGUUCAGAAUUCACCCCAGGCAAUUAUUAUUGAACCAUCACGAGAGUUGGCAGAGCAGACUCUGCAGUGUAUUGUAAACUUCAAGAAACACAUAAAAGACCCAGGUAUCAGAGAGAUUUUGGUGAUUGGCGGUGUGGCAGCUAAGGACCAGAUUAGUGCUCUGCAGAGUGGGAUAGACAUUGUUGUUGGAACACCUGGUAGAUUGGAGGAUUUGAUUUCUACAGGACAGCUUUCACUGACUCAGGUUCGAUUCUUUGUAUUGGAUGAAGCUGAUGGCUUGUUAAACAUGGGAUAUGGAGAUUUAAUUAAUCGCAUCCAUCAACAAAUUCCAAAGAUUACGGCCGAUGGCAAAAGACUGCAGAUGGUUGUAUGCUCUGCUACCCUCCACUCCUUUGAAGUGAAGAAGCUUGCAGAGAGGUUGAUGCAUUUCCCAGUCUGGGUUGAUCUGAAAGGAGAGGACAGUGUACCAGAUACUGUUCAUCAUGUUGUCUGUAUUGUGGAUCCUCGAAAAGACUCGUCAUGGAUGAAAUUAAGACGUCAUAUUCAAACUGAUCAAGUUCAUGCCCAAGACAACGUAAGACCUGGAAACAACACUGCAGAAACUAUGUCGGAAGCUGUGAAGCUGUUGAAAGGGGAGUAUACUGUUCGAGCUAUCAAUGAGCAUAACAUGGAUCAAGGAAUCAUCUUCUGUAGAACAAAGUUAGACUGUGAUAACAUGGAGAAAUAUCUUCUUAGUCAGGAUAGAGAAAAUAGGAACAGGAAUGGCAAGUAUUCUUGUGUUUGUCUUCAUGGGGACAGGAAGCCACAGGAAAGGAAAGCUAACCUCCAGAAGUUCAAGAACAGAGAGGUGAAGUUUCUCAUCUGUACUGAUGUUGCUGCUAGGGGUAUAGAUGUAUCGGGGGUCCCAUUUGUCAUUAAUGUGACGCUACCUGAUGAAAAAUCCAAUUACGUCCACAGGAUUGGGCGAGUUGGGAGAGCUGAAAGGUAUACAAGAUUCUGUAUGUUUCUCUUUCCUUAA